AACGGCGCACGGUUCCGCUACCACUGCCCGCUGAAGCUGCUGCGGAACAUGCCGCUGGACGCGUCCCACUACAGCCCACAGUUUGCCGUUGGGGAGCACGUGUGGCGUCUGCACCUGCAACGCCGCGCAGCCGCGGCGAGUGACGAGGGGUUCCUCUCUAUUCAUCUCCAAAGCUGCUCGAACGUGCCCGUGGUGGCCCAGUUCAAGUUAAUCUUGCGCUGCUUCGAGGAUCCACAGUCGUCAAAGGCCCACACCUUUCGCUGCCCGUUCAAGAAGUCCGGGAGCGCGUGGGGGAUGAAUGAGUUUAUUUUGAUCUGGCGCCUCCUGCAGCAAGAGAAUGGGUUUGUCUACGAGGAUGCGGCCUCCGGUGCCCUUUACUUUGACAUUGAUGUUCUGUUAAAGAUAUUGGAGGCCAGUAGUAACAGCCACGGCGUUGGCGUUCUCGACACAAACGUGCUGAAUGAACGCUCCAGCUCGCCUCCCGUGCUGUCCACUUUGCAUCAAGACCCAAAACACGCGUUUCUGCGCAUGCGCUCGCCGUUGGAGCAUAGAGGCGCCGGUGCGACGCGCUCCGCGUCCUCCAGAGGACGUUUGAUCGUCGCGCCAGAGAAAAGCCCCAGCGUGGCUGCUGGGCAAGCAGUUGUCCGGGCACCGCUGCUGUACCCCUUUGAGCACCUUGAGGCGCUGACGGAUAUGACGUUUGACAUUCAAGGGGUCCGCAUGAAGGCGCAUCGGUGCGUUGUCGCUGCGCGCAUGCGUCCGCUUCUACCGGAUCACGUGCUGCCGCUGCAAACUGGUUGCGUUGUGGCCAUUGCGGUCACGGUAGAUGUUUUCUCUGCCUUCCUGCAGUAUGUGUACACGGAGGAGUGUCCCCAGCAAGGGGUUUUGCCGCCGGAGGCGCUACUGGAUUUGUAUUUACUCUCUUCCGCAUGCGAAUUCUACGACUUGUCUGGCGUCUGCCUGACCUUUGUGCGGCCGCUGCUAUCGCACGAAAAUAUUCUCUCCAUUACCCUGACGCGGUACAAUGCGGGGGAUGAGGUUCUUAACGCCUUGUACCUUCGGGUUCUCUUGGAAAACUACGAUUUUCUCAUUCAGGACCCGAAGUUUGAGGAGAUUCCCGGCCACUUGUUUCGUCGCCUCUCCCUCAUUAUGCGCGACAAGGAGCCGGUGCCGCAGGUGGCCAUCCCGACCUCGCGGAACACGCUUGGCCGGCAGCUGGCGUGGCUGGCGGAGUCGGGGGAGUACAGCGACAUGGAGCUUGUGGUGGGGCCGAGGCACCUGAUCGUGAAGGCGCACCGCUACAUCCUGGCCUCCCGCUGCAUCCUCUUCUCGCAGUCCAUAAACCCGCGGUCCACGGUGGCGGUGCCGCCCUUCACGGCCCCUGAGUUUGACUUCUCCCAGCGCUCCUGGCAGAAGCUGCUUGUCGGGAUCUACCGUCACCACCUUGAGUACUACCGCGACUUCUCUGCGGAGGACGUGGCCAUCGUCUUCAAGAUGCACGGCGUCUUUGGAAUGGACGGGCAACUCAAGAAGGAGGCGGACGACGCCUUCAACUACCAAAAUGCCCUCCGCCUGCUUAUCUACGCCGUAAAGCACCAGGUGCCGGAGCUGCACGAGCGGGCGAUUAGCUACGUGGCGAGUAAUUUUAAUGCGUUGAUUCAAAGCGACCCGCAGGCAUGGGAACUCAUCGCCGAGUUACCGCAGCAUGCUGUGGUGGCUCUCUUCCGCACAGUGGUGGAGAGCCAGCGGUGA